GAAUACCCUGGCAGCUCUACUUUCACUUGGUGAAAACAUUAUUUUUUUAUUAAUUUUUGCACACGACUAUACUCAUCAUGAGUUCAGCGAGCAACGAAGCUUCCUCGGGAGUGAAUCAAAGAGAGACAUUUAGUGGACCCGAAGGAGUCGACGGGAAGGAAAAUAAUUUCGGAUGCAGCACACUUCGUCAUCCAUCAGGGAAAGUAGGUGAUCAUGUUCCCAUUGAAAUUGGGCCUCGCAACAAUGUUGGGAUCCCCUCUCCUUCAGCCUUGAAAGAUAACAACAACAAAAACAAAAUUUUAAAACAAAGCAAAAAACUCGUCGGUUUUAUAGGGGGAUCAAUCAUGACGGCAUUGAAUAACCAAGGAGCGUUUGUCUCCAAGAARAGUUUCGAUUCAGAAAAAAAUGGAGAUUUGGCGACUGAUGGUAUUCUCUCAAAUGACGAAGAUUUGGAAGCAGGUCUAUCCAUWAAGUCCAAUGAAAUGCCAGUUCAAAAUGAGAAAGCAACAUCGAUCAGCAACAAAGAACAAGUAUCGGAUGGAAACCUUGGAGCUAGUCGCCAAAUAGAAGCACAGUCGCCAGUUUUGCAACCAAAACACAAGUAUUGGGAGACAUUGUUAAUAUCUUCGGAACAAAAAGACAUUCGUGAAAAAAACGAUUACAAGCAGGAAAACGACGAAUCUCGGUYUCCUCUGUCUCARGUGCCCAUAUCACAAACAAUUUCGACACAUUUGACUCCCCAGAAAAAGAAGAGUAAGAUUGUCAACGAAAUAUACGAAGAUAAGGGAUCUCCUGAAAGCGUUGAGGAGAGCAUUGUCGAAAGUGUUGUGGAGAGCCUACUUUCAAUUCCUGGUGACUAUUCACCAGGAGGUUCGACUUUAAGCGUCAAGCCUACUCCCAGAGUCACCAGAUUCRCGAAUAGGGGGAACCACUCUCCAGAAUCCUUGCUGUGCAACAUGAUUUCAACGGCUACUACUUUAGAAACCCCUCAAGUUUACAAGUCUGGAUUGGGUCGUAUUGAACACCAAAAUAACUCUGYUGAACAAGCUUGUAAUUCACCAGAAUCAUUUAUGCGCAAUCCAGCAGGAAACAUAUUUAAAACACCUCUGACCAACAAGUCUUCAAUACUAUCCAUCCCAAACCAAGACGAAUCCGUWAUUGAAGAUAURUAYAUAGAGAAAUCAUCUCCGCAAAGUCUGCUUUCUAUCCCCGAGAAUGCUGUCCAAGAAAAUACAAUACCCAUGAAGGAGCAUUCGCGAGAAGAAAAUUCUCCAGGAUCCUUGAUGUAUAACAUGAUUUCGUCAGCCACCAAACUCGAGACGAUUCCGGUAUCAAAGAAAGGAGAGGAUGUUGCUUUUAUGGAUAGUACUCCCAAUGAAUCAACUAGCAUGAUGUCAUCCACAACGACGGCACAGACUACGGUACUCGAUCGGAAUAUUCAAAAUGGUUCUGAUUGUACUCUGGGGAACGCUGGCACGACAGUUCCUGAGAGUGGUGCUUCGGARACAAUUGUUCGCGUCAACAAUGUUGGCGAAUCACUAGACGACACUCCAGUGAAGAGCAAUAAAAGUCAAAUUUUUAGGUCGCUUAAGUCAAACGAUUCGCUUGAAAGCGAUUGUGAACAAAGUGAGGAUGGGUCUAUCUACACUUCGAUAUCCAACCAAUCGCUUGUUCGAUCAAAUGCACCAUUAGAAUGGAUUGGUCCAGAUGCAUCGUACAGAGUAUCAAUGCCUCCUCCAUCCAUCGGUAUGGAUAAGAGUACAUCUGGGGUUSUAGAUGAGCCUUUGCAAUCCACGAAGCCUUACAUGAAAUUAGCAGAAACAGGACAGCCUUCUAUCUCGGAGCACAAAAUUAAACCAAAAACGAAGUCGACGAAACUAUCCAAUGGUUGGAUWCGAAGCUCAUCGCCAACCUCUCUGCCGAGUAUUCUAGGAACUGCUUCUCUCAAUGAGAUCAGUGAUUUGGAGUCGCCAAAUAUAAUCAUGCCACAUUUAAACUUCAAAUUCUCCGACGAAGAAUCUACCAUUCAUUCUCAAUCAAUUCACGAUGGUUGUGAUAUUCAAUCUGUCCCUGGAAACGAUAAGUAUCAACGAGUGUUAUCUCCCCAGUCCCUCAUGACAGUAGACACACCAGCAGGAGGAUGUCCAUCAGAUGAUCGACAUUACCUUGUCGAAAAAUCUCUGAAUGGUACCACUAACAUUCCUCAACUUGAGGCUUCCACGGCUGCAGCUUUAGCUGCUGGUUCGACUAUGACCAGCAAAGGCARUGGUUCUCCGCACUCGACCAUUACUAAAGAAUCAUUUGAGCGAGGAUUUGUUGAAAAAUCRAARUCGUCGAAAUGGCUCAUGGUGUGCAUUGCAUUGGGAAUGUUGGUGGCUAUUGGAGGAGGGAUCACCGUCCUUGUUGUGUCGUUUAGUGAUGAAACAAAACAGGCGGAACCAGAUCGGCAGCCAAAUGUUGAUGAAGACUGGAAAGGGGGCGGUAUCGACGUGUACGACCUUCGACRUCAAACCGAUGCUCCGAGUGGUGUAUCAUCGUUCUCGUCGUCUUUGAGAUCGUCUUUGGAUCUUMCUGAUUUUAACAGCACGGACAUCUAUGAUCCCGUCGAUUUUAACAGCUCAUACACGUACGAUCCAACGUCAUAUCCAAUUUUUAACGUAACAUCGGAAGCAAUUCAGGACGAAAACCCAUCCCCAAAGCCAACWACAACUUCCAUUAAGACUAAAGCCCCUUCGUCGAGGCCAGCACCUUUGCCUAAACUGACUCAUGCUCCAUCGUCAAAACCAAUAGUUGAGCCGAAGAUGGACGUUGUACAGUCUUCAACAACUGAUAGCCCUCUGCUUCAGUCCGAGYCCACAUCAAAGCCAGUACAAGCAUACGAGCCGUCAAUGAAACCAACAUUUAGACCUACGAUUUUAACAACUAAUGCCAACCAAUCUUCAAAACCAACAUCGACACCAACAUCGACAACAACAUCGAAACCGACGACGAAGCCGACAACGAAGCCCACAACGAAGCCUGCAUUGGAACCAACAUCGAAACCGACGACGAAGCCGACAACGAAGCCUGCAUUGGAACCAACAUCGAAACCUGUAUCAUUGCCGUUACCAACGUUCACGAACGAAAAACUUCAAGAACUGACUUGGGAUCGAACAAUCAAAGGUGAGGACAUUUGGAGAGAGCCUGAAGGAGAAUCAUCAACAACUCCAUCGUGGUAUUUUGCCGCUGAUGAUACUCCUGGAAUUCACAUUAAAAUAGUCAACGCCGCAAGAGGCGAUCGUCUGUUAAAUCAGCUCAAAAUAGCAGUCGAUGACUACGGCAAAAGCCAUGCUGUGUCAUCCCUGGAGCUGACGACGGUCGACUACGAAUUCUUGUGCCCACCUCCCGAGAUAGGUCAAAUUAAAGUGUGCAGCGGAGACUUUGGCAAUGAGUGGAUUGGAUCGACCAUAUUUUUUAUGAGGGGAGAAUACGUUGUCAGUGCUCUGAUUCGCAUCAAUGAGCAUGCCUCAACGCCUGCAGGUGAUGCGCUUUUGCAGUACUCGCUCUGUCACCAGCUUGGACAUGCCCUUGGAAUAGGGCACAAUAAUGGCGGCAUAAUCUCAGAAUCGUGCAUGAAAGAUUUUGGUGAAGAUGUUACUGUCGAUGGUAAUGACAUCCAGAAGAAUACAAAACUCCAGCAUCCAAACUGGGGUGAUCUGAAARCUUUGGUAAAUCUUUAUGGUCUUGCGGGAACCAAGAAACUCCAAGAUGGAAGAGGCAUUGCUCGAUAAUGAUGAUUAUGAUGYUAGAAUAACAGUAUCUGUCGUCU